AUGACGACGACCGCUGAACAAUCCUCCUCUUCUUCUCUUCACCCUCCAGCCACGCCGAGGUACAUCCUCCGCGGCCAUGCAUCCCCCAUCCACGCGCUGCAUUUCUUUGGCCUGAAUUCCCGCCUGGCCUCGGCUGAUGCAGACGGAUGGCUUGUCAUCUGGGACGUGGUGACGAAACGGCCGCGAGUGGUGUGGAAGGCGCAUGAGGGGUCUGUUUUGGAGGUCAAGGGUUUCUUCACUGAAAAUGAUGGCGGCGGUGGUGGUGGGGAGAUGGAAGUAUUUACACACGGUAGAGAUCACAAACUGCGCGUCUGGAGGAUCACGUCCGCAGACGAAGAGCUGCUGGACAAGCGUCUCCCCGUCGAGAGGAGCAAGCAGAGUUCUUCUUCCUCGACAACAACCCAGCCGUGGCUGGUCCAUUCUCUCGCUGUGAAUGCGCUUAAUUUCUGCGCGUUUUCACUCUGCUUUGUGCCGGAGAUUCGGAAGAGUAGUUGUGUGGGCGACGAAUCUUCUUCUUCAGAUGAUCCCGAACAGAAAGGGACAUCAUCGCCAACGGGCCAAAGAAGGCAGCGCAACCCUCUGUUGCUGGCUGUCCCCAAUGCUCUGAACUCAGGAGCCGUCGACAUUUUCCAUCUCCCCUCGGAGAGACGUGUCUCGACCAUUCCUGCAGAUUCGUCCGUCCAGACAGGCAUGGUGAUGGCCGUCCACAUCUUUUUCACCGCACAGGGAGACGACCUGUAUGUGGUCUCUGGGUACGAAGACGGCCAGGUGAUGGUCCACGUGCGACGGGGCCCUGGCCUCGAGUCUUGGACGUGGGAAAAGCUAUACGCCAGUCGUCCGCACUCACAGCCAGUGCUCUCUCUCGAUAUUCCCCCGGGAAAGGAGCGAAAGGACUAUUUCAUCACCUCCUCCGCGGACGCCCUUAUCGUGAAACAUCCCAUUCCACAUAUCACCAGCAGCAGCGCCAAGGGAAAGGCAAAGGCAAAGGAAGGAGAAGAAGGAGAAGAAGAGAAAGUACAAAACGCCCCCCUCAAAGUCUUGAACACCAAACACGCAGGCCAGCAGGGUCUUCGCGUACGAUCUGACAACAAAAUCUUCGCCACGGCCGGCUGGGACGCCCGAGUGCGGGUGUACUCCUGCAAGACGAUGAAGGAACUAGCGGUAUUGAAAUGGCAUAAGGAGGGGUGCUAUGCCAUGGCCUUUGCCGAGAUCCUUGACAGUGGAGGUGGUGGUAGUGAUGUUGAAGGAGAUCAAGAUCAAGACCAAGACCACACUUCUCCUACUGCUGCCGCUGCUGCUACUGCUUCUUCUACAUCACCUGAUGGAAAAGACCAAGACCAAGAAGAAGAAAAUCGCCUUGAUCUUGUUCCAGCUGCAGGCUCGCUGAAAGCCAUACAGCAGCAGCGAAGCCAAAAGGCGCAACGGACACAUUGGCUGGCUGCGGGGUCGAAAGAUGGAAAGGUCUCGUUGUGGGAUAUCUACUAA